AUGCGGAAUCUAUGGAGCGUUAAUCCAGGACAGGACCCGGAGUGCCAAGCCUACCGAUCACGAGUCUUGGAAGUUAAGACUCGCCAAGUAAAGGACCUGGACAUCCAAAACUACGAAGCGUUAGUCCUGGUAGUUGAAAUCCAGCAGGUAAAGGACCUGAAGAGCCAGAACUAUGAAGCGUUAGUCCUGGUAGUUGAGAUCCAUCAGGUACAGGACCUGGACAUCCAAAACUACGAAGCGUUAGUCCUGGUAGUUGAAAUCCAGCAGGUAAAGGACCUGAAGAGCCAGAACUAUGAAGCGUUAGUCCUGGUAGUUGAGAUCCAGCAGGUAAAGGACCUGAAGAGCCAGAACUAUGAAGCGUUAGUCCUGGUAGUUGAGAUCCAGCAGGUACAGGACCUGGACAUCCAAAACUACGAAGCGUUAGUCCUGGUAGUUGAGAUCCAGCAGGUACAGGACCUGGACAUCCAAAACUACGAAGCGUUAGUCGUGGUAGUUGAAAUCCAGCAGGUAAAGGACCUGAAGAGCCAGAACUACGAAGCGUUAGUCCUGGUCGUUGAGAUCCAGCAGGUAAAGGACCUGAAGAGCCAGAACUAUGAAGCGUUAGUCCUGGUAGUUGAGAUCCAGCAGGUACAGGACCUGGACAUCCAAAACUACGAAGCGUUAGUCCUGGUAGUUGAAAUCCAGCAGGUAAAGGACUUGAAGAGCCAGAACUAUGAAGCGUUAGUCCUGGUAGUUGAGAUCCAGCAGGUACAGGACCUGGACAUCCAAAACUACGAAACGUUAGUUCUGGUAGUUGAGAUCCAGCAGGUACAGGACCUGGACAUCCAGAACUACGAAGCGUUAGUCCUGGAAAUCGAAAUCCAGCAGGUAAAGGACCUGAAGAGCCAGAACUAUGAAAAGUUAGUCCUGGUAGUUGAGAUCCAGCAGGUACAGGACCUGGACAUCCAAAACUACGAAGCGUUAGUCCUGGUCGUUGAGAUCCAGCAGGUAAAGGACCUGAAGAGCCAGAACUGUGAAGCGUUAGUCCUGGUAGUUGAAAUCCAGCAGGUAAAGGACCUGAAGAGCCAGAACUAUGAAGCGUUAGUCUUGGUAGUUGAGAUCCAGCAGGUACAGGACCUGGACAUCCAAAAUUACGAAGCGUUAGUCCUGGAAGUCGAAAUCCAGCAAGUAAAGAACUUGAAGAGCCAGAACUAUGAAGCGUUAGUCCUGGUAGUUGAGAUCCAGCAGGUACAGGACCUGGACAUCCAAAACUACGAAGCGUUAGUCCUGGUAGUUGAGAUCCAGCAGGUACAGGACCUGGACAUCCAAAACUACGAAGCGUUAGUCCUGGUCGUUGAGAUCCAGCAGGUAAAGGACCUGAAGAGCCAGAACUAUGAAGCGUUAGUCCUGGUAGUUGAGAUCCAGCAGGUACAGGACCUGGACAUCCAGAACUACGAAGCGUUAGUCCUGGAAAUCGAAAUCCAGCAGGUAGAGAAUAUGGAGCGCAGGAUCAAGAGGUAG